AUGAGAGGUUUUACGAAAGUGUUUCAGCAGGAAGCGUUUCAUUUUCAGUAUUCAAAAGACCACGCGGUUCCCGAUGUUCCAGAGUAUGACUUUAUCGUCGUCGGUGCCGGUAACACCGGUUCCGUCGUUGCCAAUCGGUUAACGGAGCACAAAGAGUGGACGGUAUUGCUGCUGGAAGCUGGUCCGGUAGGUACGGCGCUGUAUAACGUACCGAUCGGUUUGCAGAUCGCGCAAGUGUCCAGCUACAACUGGAAGUUUGUCACCGAACCACAAGAGAACGCAUGCUGGGGAAUGAAGAAAAAUCAGUGUUUGAUCGACGUCGGCAAGGGAACCGGUGGAUCGACGCUCAUCAAUGGGUUGAUCUUGACGCGAGGCAACCGUAACGAUUACGAUCGCUGGUCAGCGGCCGGUAACGUCGGUUGGUCUUUCGAUGAGCUGCUACCGUACUUCCGGAAGUACGAAGGAUACAAGUCUGCCGACGGUGACGAGGGUUACCAUUCGCCCGAUGGACCGGUCACCGUAGAGACCUCCCCGUAUCGCAGUGACCACGCUCGGUUGUACCUCAAGGCAGCUAAGGAGGCCGGUUACAACUAUGUGGAUCACAAUGGACGCACCCAGUUCGGUAUAUCCCGGACUCACGGAACCACCGUCAAUGGGCAACGUGUAUCGGCGUUCGAUUGCUACCUGGAGCCUAUACUUCGGCAACGGAAACGCCUCAAGCUGAGCGUUAAUAGCUUCGUGACGAAAAUCCUGAUAGACCCCGCCACGAAGCGUGCUUACGGUGUGGAGUAUCUGAAGAACAACGUGACGCACCGGGCGUAUGCUCGCCGUGAAGUGAUCCUAUCGGCCGGUGGAAUUGUGUCCCCGAAGAUACUGAUGCUUUCGGGCAUUGGACCACGCCAACAUCUGGAACGACACGGCAUCAAACCUGUGGUGGAUCUUCCGGUUGGUUCCAAUUUCCAGGAUCAUAUGGCAUUCGCCGGACUGCAGGUUGUGCUGGAGGGCACCCGGUUUAUCGCUCCCGGUGAUGUCAUCACUGUGCCGAAUAUAAUCCAACUUUUCCACGGCACUGGACCACUAACCGUACCGUCGGCGGUCGAGGUGAUAACGUAUCCGAACAUGACGUACGGUGAUCGCACCAGCCCGGUGCUCGAGUUUGCAAUGAGCCUCGGGUCCUUUGCCACCGAUCAAGGAAUACUGUCGACGGAAGCGAUCCGCAUGAAGCAGUCCGUGUACCGGACGGUGUACCGGCCACUGGAACCACUGAAUCACUUCACCAUCCUCGUUUCGAUGAUGCAUCCCCGGUCGAAGGGUUUCGUGCGUCUGCGUAGCUCGGAUCCGUUGGAUCCACCGAUCAUUCAACCGAACUAUCUCAAGGAACCGAUCGAUGUGGAAGCAAUGGUGGCCGGUGUGCGUGAAAUCGAGCGUAUCAUCGGGAGUCCAGCGAUGCAACGGUACCGGGCACGGCUUUGGGAUAUGCCACUGCCCAACUGUCGUCAGCAUAAGCGGCUUUCGGAUGAGUAUUGGCGUUGCGCGAUCCGUACGCUGUCCGUUUCGUUUGCACAUUUUAUGGGCAGUUGCAGGAUGGGACCGGCGGGCGAUCCGGCCGGUACUGUCGUUGGACCGGACCUGCGCGUACACGGAAUCCAGGGGUUGAGCGUCGUGGAUACGAGCAUCAUUCCCGAGCCGGUAACGGGCCAUCCGAUGGCAACGGCUUACGUUAUAGGCGAGAAGGCAUCCGAUUUGAUUAAAGCACGGCACGGCGUACCGACUGAACUGAGAUCUGGAAGAUAA